CCAGAGCUGCACCAAGUCCAGCAGCUCAGUUCUGGCGCCGCCUGAGGGCCAGCCUCCCGCUGUCGUCUUGGCGGGUCCCUCACGGGCAGUCUUCCCCAGGCUCCCUCCUGCUGCCUCCUGCCAGGGUGGCUUCCCUGUGCCGUCCCUCCCCGUGCUGGGGUCCCGUCUUCCCGUUCUUCAGCCUCAGGCCGGUGCUCAUGUGAGGGAGUCUCUCCUUUCAGCCUCUGUGGGACUGUCCACCAGGGACCCUGGAAGGGUCCUCCUGCAGGAGGUCCCGGGCCUGGGGAGAGGUGGGGCGAGCCCUCAUCUUGGGUCUGAAGUCAAGCACGUGAGGAUCCGUUUCACUUACGAAUUUGUCCAACAUGACACUUAGCCCCUAAGGCGGGCAAGUCAGAACCUGCUGUUUGCUCACUGGGAGUAAAUGAAGCCUAAAGACCCCCCUCCACUCCCCGCCCCGCCCCCCCACCAACCUGGAUGCCAAUCCCAGAACCCUCCACUCCACUUGUGCAGUUUUUACAGGUCUGUGAGUUUUCGUAAAGAGUCACAAAGACGGUGCAGGGUCCCCCGUGCCCCGUCGCCUGGGGCGCUGGUCAAAGCUAAGAGCCCAACACGGCCGCCUUGACUCAUGUCACUGGCUUUUCCGUGCGUGUCCUCUCCUGUUCCCGGCUCGUGCGGGACCCGCCACGGCAUCAUCGCCACGUCUCCACAGCCCCUCCUGUCUGUGAUGGUCCCUCCGUCCCGCCUUGUCCUUGGCCGCCUGCCUCUGGGGUCCGCUCACUCGGGCUCAGUCACUGAGUCCAGCCCACCCUCGAGAGGGCGGAGUCUGCACCAUCCUCCGGAGGCAGUAGCAUAGGAUGUGUGAGGGAGAAGAGAGCCUCCGGAUCCUGGUGGGGACCGAAGGGGACAGCCCCCUGCAGAUGGACAUCAAUACCACUGAGACUGAGGCCUCCGAGCCAUGGGACUAUGUCGUUGUGGCUGAUCACUGCACCCAGAGAAACCCCAGGCAGGUCCAGCGGCAGCAGCAGUUCCUGGAAGAGCUCGAGAGGAAGGGCUUCUGCUACAGGGCGAGGGAGGACCAGGCGAAGGUGUUCUUUGGGAUCCGAGCUGACAACCGGGUCUUUGACCGGUACCGCAGACUUCUCAUGGAGCCCGAGGCUACCGCCCCCAGAGGGGAGCUGGCCAGGCCAACUUCCAUCCCAGCCACCACCAGAAUCCAAAUUGUCAACUUUGUGCUGAACAGCAAGAUGGCAGCUGGUGACACGCUCCAGGAUUUGGUGAAGGAUGGGGUCUUUGAGGCCGUGUUUCCCCUACACAAGGGGGAGGAAGACCUAAAGAAGAAAUGGGCCUGGUGGAGAAACAUGUUCCAAGAGCAGCCAAUUGGUGACAUCAGGAACUACUUCGGUGAGAAGGUGGCGCUGUACUUCGCCUGGCUCGGCUGGUACACCUACAUGCUGGUGCCCGCCGCGGUGGUGGGCCUCAUCAUCUUCCUGAGCGGGUUUGCCCAUUUCGAAGCCAGCCAGAUCAGCAGGGAAAUCUGUGAUGCCCACGACGUCUACAUGUGCCCUCGCGGCCACCACAGCCCCAGGUACCAGCGGCUCUCAGAAACCUGCGCCUUCGCCAAGCUCACCCACCUCUUCGACAACGAGGGCACCGUGCUGUUCGCCGUGUUCACGGCGCUGUGGGCCACCGUGUUCCUGGAGUUGUGGAAGCGGGAGCGAGUCCGUGUGGUCCUGCAAUGGGACCUGUACGGGUGGGACGAGGACCAGGAGGAAAUGGUGCUGGGGCUCAUUGCCUGCCCUGACUACCAGCCCCGCUACGCGCGGAGUACCGUUAUCCUCCUGCUGUCUCUGUUGAUGAUCUGCCUGAUGAUAGGCAUGGCCCACGUCCUGGUGAUCUGCCGCGUCCUGGUCGCUGCCCUUUUCAGCUCCGCCUUGCCCUUCCUGGGAGAGCAGGUGACCACGGCCGUGGUGGUGACCGGGGCCCUGGUUCACUAUGUGAGCAUCCUCGUCAUGACCAAGAUCAACAAAUAUGUGGCACUGAAGCUUUGUGACUUUGAGAAGCCCAGGACCUUCUCAGAGCGAGAGAGCAAGUUCACCAUCAAGUUCUUCACUGUGUAGUUCUUUGCUCACUUCUCCUCCCUUAUCUACAUCGCCUUCAUCCUGGGCAGGAUCAACGGUAACCCCGGGAAGUUGGUGCGCCUGGCAGGGCUGUGGAAGCUGGAGGUGUGCCAUCUCAGCGGCUGCAUGACGGACCUGUUCGUGCAGGUGGCCAUCAUCAUGGGUCUGAAACAAACGCUCAGCAACUGCAUGGAGUACCUGGGCCCAUGCCUGGCCCACAAGUGUCGCUCGAUGCGAGCCACGUCCCAGGACCCCGAGCUGAGGCACUGGCGGCGCAACUACCGCCUGAACCCGGUCAACACCUUCAGCCUGUUCGAGGAGUUCAUGGAGAUGAGGAUCCAGUAGGGCUUCACCACCAUCUUCGUGGCCGCCUUCCCGCUUGCCCUGCUGCUGGCGCUCUUCAGCAACCUCGUGGAGAUCUGCCUGGACGCCAUCAAGAUGGUCCAGGUGCAGCGGCGCCUGGUGCCCCGCAAGGCCAAGGACAUCAGGACCUGGCUGCAGGUGCUGGCGAUAAUCGGCGUGCUGGCCGUCACUGCCGACGGGAUGGUCAUCGCCUUCACAUCUGAGUUCAUCCCCCGAGUGGUGUACAAGUACUGCUAUGGCCCGUGCCGACAGGGGGCCCACCCUGCAGUCGACUGCCUCACGGGCUACGUCAACCACAGCCUGUCCGUGUUCUACACCAAGGACUCCCAGAAUCCUGUUGAAAUAGAGGGCUCAGAGAAUGUGACUGAGUGCAGGGACUGGGACUGUGGCACCGCUCAGAACUCCAACUUCACUGAGCAGCCCUGGUUCCUCCUGGCCGUCCGUCUGACCUUCCUCAUCCUCUUCGAGCACGUGGCCUCAUGCGUCAAGCUCAUUGCUGGCUGGUUUGUGCCUGAUGUGCCUCGGUGGGUGAAGAAUGAAGUCCUGAAGAGGAAGCACCAGAGACUUGGGGAGGCGGGGCUGCCGGGGCCUGGCCCCGAGUCCCGAAGUACCAGAGACUCCGGCCGAGAGCACAGACAUGGAGCAGGCCCGGAGCCGGUCAAGAGGCCAAGUUGCAGAGCUGCUGCCACCACCGCCCACCCCAGCCCUGGCUGUGUGUGUGUGUGGGCGGGCUUUAAUUAG